GAAGAAGAAGAAGAAGAAGAAGAAGAAGAAGCAUGCUGGAACCACUGGACCAGAACCAGAACCAGAACCAGAACCAGUCCACCUCCCGCCUCCUGGACAGCAGGAAACACACCCAGUGAAUCUGAUGAUUUAAAACACAUUGAGUGUUUACAGCAGCAGAAACAAGUCUCAGCUCCUCUUCUCCUGGAGGGAGCUAGUUUAGCCUGUUAGCUUAGCAGUUAGCUUAGCAGUUAGCUUAGCCUGCUAGCCGUUAGCUGUUAGCAGGACAGCCACUCCCCCGUGUCCGUGUGUGCAGGACUUUACACGGAUCCACCCGGAGCUGCACCGACACUGAGCCGGACUAAACCCAACACCUGCAGCUGCACGUGUUGGAUCCACACGAGGCGUCUGCACGUGAAGUUUAUAACCAAAACAACAAAAACAACAACAAACACCCUGCAGAACACGGAAGUCUGAAUGAACUCUGCUGCUAGCUAGCACUCAGCUAGCACUCAGCUAGCAGCCAGCUAGCAGCCAGCUAGCAGCCAGCUAGCACUCAGCUAGCAGUCUGCAGCUGCAUCUCUUCAUUGUGCUUCCCGCUGCUGCAGCUGAAGGAGUCCGUGCAGCAUCUUCCCCCCUGAUAUUGAUCAUAGCAGGUUGAUAUAUCGAUCUCUAUCUAACAGAGCUGAUCAGUUAGCCUGCUCUGCAGCGACGUGUCUCUGAUCUACUGACUUGUAAAAGAGUGAAAGCUUCGUUUGAGAGAUGAUUCCCGACAAAGUGCCGAAGGAAGACGUCUUCCACGGCUCCGAGGAGCUGAAGAAGGAGGCUCACAUCUCCAGCUUCGAAUCCUAUAAAGAGCUCUACCUGAAGUCCAUAGACAAUCCAGAUGAGUUCUGGGGCGACAUCGCCAAAGAUUUCUUCUGGAAGACCAAACACGUGGGUCAGUACCUCGACUACAACUUCGAUGUGACCAAAGGAGAAAUAUUCAUCAAGUUUAUGGAAGGAGCUUCCACCAACAUCUGCUACAACAUCCUCGACCGCAACGUCCAUGAGAGGAAGCUCGCCGAUAAAGUGGCCUUCUACUGGGAAGGCAACGAGCCCGGUGAUGAGCUGACGGUGACCUACAGAGAGCUGCUGCAGAGGGUCUGUCAGUUCGCCAACGUCCUGAAGUCUCAGGGAGUGAAUAAGGGCGACCGAGUCUCCAUCUACAUGCCCAUGGUGGUGGAGCUGGUGAUCGCCAUGUUGGCCUGCGUCCGCAUCGGAGCUGUUCACUCCAUAGUGUUUGCAGGUUUCUCUGCUGAGUCGCUGUGUGAGAGGAUCAUGGACUCUCAGUGCUCGCUGCUCAUCACAGCAGAUGGUUUCUAUCGAGGAGAUAAGCUGAUCAACCUGAAGCUCUUGGCUGACGAAGCGCUGCAGAAAUGCAGAGACAAAGGUUUCCCUCUACGCAGGUGUAUCAUGCUGAAGCACCUGUCCAAAGAAGCAGAAGAGACUCCUCUGGGCUCUCAGUCUCCUCCUGCCAAACGGUCCUGUCCUGAUCUGCAGCAGGAGAAACAGACAGGGAGAGUAAAGAAAACACGUCCUGUUCCGCAGGUCCCGUGGAACCCCGAGGUGGACUUGUGUUGGCACACUCUGGUCCGUGGAGCGUCAGACGAGUGUGAACCGGAGUGGUGCGACUCGGAAGAUCCUCUCUUCAUCCUCUACACCAGCGGCUCAACCGGCAAACCAAAGGGCGUUCUCCACACAGUCAGCGGCUACAUGCUCUACACCGCCACCACCUUCAAACUGGUGUUUGACCACCAGCCCGAUGACGUCUACUGGUGCACGGCAGACAUCGGUUGGAUCACGGGACACUCCUACAUCACCUACGGCCCGCUGGCUAACGGCACCACCAGCGUCCUGUUUGAGGGCCUGCCUACGUACCCAGACGUCAGCCGUAUGUGGGAGAUCGUGGACAAAUACCAGGUGACCAAGUUCUACACCGCUCCGACCGCCAUCAGACUGCUGAUGAAGUACGGCAGAGAGCCGGUGCAGAAGUAUAAGCGAGAGUCUCUGAAGGUUUUGGGGACGGUGGGAGAGCCCAUCAACCCCGAGGCCUGGCACUGGUACUACAGCGUGGUGGGAGAGAAGAGAUGUCCCAUCGUCGACACCUUCUGGCAGACAGAAACGGGUGGACACGUGUUGACUCCUCUACCUGCAGCCACACCCAUGAAACCUGGAUCUGCUACGUUCCCGUUCUUCGGCGUGGUGCCGGCCAUCUUGAAUGAGUCAGGAGAGGAGCUGGAGGGGCCGAGUGAAGGAUACCUGGUGUUCAAACAGCCGUGGCCCGGCGUGAUGAGGACGGUGUACGGCAACCAGCAGAGGUUUGAAACCACCUACUUCAAGAAGUUCCCCGGAUACUACGUCACCGGAGACGGUUGCCGUAGAGACAAAGACGGCUACUAUUGGAUAACGGGGAGGAUAGACGACAUGCUGAAUGUCUCCGGUCACUUACUGAGUACGGCGGAGGUGGAGUCGGCGCUGGUGGAGCACGAGGCCGUGGCCGAGGCCGCCGUGGUGGGCAGACCUCAUCCUGUCAAAGGAGAGAGCCUUUACUGCUUCGUAACUCUCACUGAUGGAGUGACGUACAACCGCACGCUGGAGGCAGAGCUCAAAAGACAAGUGCGGGAGAAGAUCGGUGCCAUCGCUACACCAGACUUCAUCCAGAAUGCUCCAGGACUCCCCAAGACCAGAUCUGGUAAGAUCAUGCGACGGGUGCUCCGCAAAAUCGCCUGUGACGAACGAGACCUGGGCGACAUCUCCACGCUGGCCGACUCCUCGGUGGUCGAGCAGCUCUUCCAGAACAGAUGCUGCACCGGCGUGUGACGGCCUCGCGGGGGGAGGCUCCGACUGCAGCCGCACGCCAGCGGCCACAAACCCAACCAGAGAAGAGGAGGAAGAGGAGGAACACAAAACUGGUCUUGUCCAACAAACAACCUUUAGCUCCUGAUGAGUAGGUGUGCAGCAGAGCCAGUAUCUAAAAUGACAGCAGCAGGUAGAGACACAACAUCUGGUCACUGGUAGAUGUUUCCCACUUCUGUAGAAGGAGUCAUCAUUUUAACAAAGAGUAAUAGAAGCUAGAGGUUGUUUCUGUGAAAGGCCGCGCUGCAGUCCAACUCGGUGGAAGAGGUAGAGCAGGGUAACACUUCCUUUGGUUUUAUCCUCGUGUGUUUUAGCCAAUAAUAAACAGCAAUAUCUGCUAUUUAACUGCUCGGUAUGAGUAUACGUUCAGUACUAGUACGGUACUGGUGCACCACAGUGAGUCCCGCCUCAGUACAAUAGUUAAAGUGUUUCCACACUUGGAAUGAUGCUAACGUGAAGUGCUACUUGUAACUGCCCUGUAGUUAAUGCAACAAGUUGUCUCCUCCCCUCGCUCGCUGCCAUAGUACUGUUAUGUACACUGAUGAUUACACUCAAUAUUUCUACUAGUUUUAAUUUGUCAUUUUCUAAAAAAAACUUUAGAUUUGUGUCAUUUUGUUUGACAUAGGAUUCGUUGGCUGUAUCUGUAGUGUGUCUGCACGCUUGUAUGUUCUCUUCUUCUUUGUGUUUAAGUUGCAGAGCGGUGGUCGGUCUGGUGUAAACUGGGAAAAGUGUGUUCAGCGUCACGCGUAGCUCCGGACGCCACACGGUCGGCUCCUCUCUCAAAGCCCCAAACCAGCUGCACAUCUCAUGUUCAAAAAAGGGAAAAAAGUGUUUCAUAAAUCUCCCAAUAACUCAAAAACAAAACCGUCUUCAUAUAUUUAAAGGGACAGUUCACCCCAAAGUCAAAAACACAUAUUUGUGCGUGCAUCUACUCGUGGACGAGAGGCUCGCCGUUGUCACAGCGCCAGAUGUAAACAAUAAUAGCGUCCUCCUCACCUGAGCUGUAACGUUAGCUAGCUCACUGGGGCUCACUGGUGCUACUUUUAAGUAGUGUGAUGCGUCUAGACUCCAUGUUUCAUUAUUAAAUUAGACUUUACAGAGUUGUCUUUGAUUAAAAUAAGGUACCAAAGUCAAUCCCAAAUCAUUAUGCGAGUAUGAUUUGGUAAAAUAAUCACCAACAGUUUGACACAAUGUGUGAUAGUCCACAAUCUGUGGAUCGAGUUUGGAUCAUGAUACGGUACUAUUAUAACAAUAUCACAGGAUGAAGCCCGUUAAAUCAAAGCUAAGGUGUCUAAUUGGUGUCUGUAUUCACGGCUUUGUUUAUUCAUUUUCAGGUUAAGGCUGUAUUUUUAUUAUCGUCUGUCAACUUAUUCCACGAAAAGACCAAAACCAACAAUGUGUCAGAGCGUCUCUCGGUACUUUCUGACUUCCUGUCUGUGGCUCUCAGCUUCAAACUUCGACAAAACAAAACGCGAUACAUAGGUGAAUCGAUUUGUUUUUCCCACCCCUAGUAUCACCACACUUCCUCCAACCUUUAGUGCCUCUUUUCAGCUAUUGAAGGAGAAAAUGUUGAUGAUUUUUUCUGAGCAAAAGUCUUUUAACUUCAUUCUUCCUGUGCUGAGAGACUGAAGUCAAGGUUGAAGCAACGUACGAUUCACAACUUAAAAUUGAGUAAAAACCAACUAAACGUGAACUCUGAGCUCAUUUGGGGCUUCAAAGGUUUCUCCUCUUCGUUUCCACGUCUGUGAUUUGUGAGAAUGAUUUAGCGCGAUGAACCAGAAGCAGGACCUCGUACAGAUUUCAUCAUGUUUCUGAGUUGGUUGCCGUUUGUGUCUCAAUGUGCCAACAUGAGUAACAGUGGAGCUGAGUGUAAAAAGCUAAUAAUUGUAUCUAAUGUUCAAGAAAAAUGUGCAGCUGCUUAUUUGAUUUUAGAAGCUUUUUAUUUUUGUUUGUGUAAGAACUCGGGUGAAGGAAAGAGAAUUAUGCUGUUUGUAUUUUUUUUGUUUUUCUCUCUGUUCAGUAUGGAGGACCACAAGAGUCACUUAAAUAGUAAUAAAGCAUUUAAAUGAUUAAUAACUAAUUGUACAAUAAAAAUAACCGUUCAUAAAUCUG